AUGAGAUAAGAAACACACACACACACACACAACCAAAGAGGCCCAAGAAAAGAUUGACAAUGGGGAGUGGAGAGAGGCGAGGAAAUUAGCUAAGAGAAACAAAAAAGAGGGGGAAGAAAUGAGUAAGUAGUGUGCUCAAUACAUGACUUUCUCACCAUACCAAUAGGCACACGACUUUUAUAUAUAAUUAUAUAAGAUUUUCAUAAUUGAAAUCUUUGAUUUCACACAUUUAACAUCUUUUAUUGCAUAAUAAGAGAAAUAACAAUACUGGAAGGAAUAACAUAAACUCCCCUCCCUUUGAUUUCAAUCUCACUCUCCCCUUUGCCCUCUCCCUGCUUCACGCUCUUGCCGCUCUGCCAUCUCUCUCCCUUCAGCGCCACCGCCGCCUCCUACCGUGGUUUUCAUUUAGUUAGAGGGAGCCAAUAUGUUUUUCCACAUAGUUCUGGAGAGGAAUAUGCAGCUACAUCCACGCCACUUUGGCCGUAACCUACGUGAGAACCUGGUGUCCAAACUGAUGAAAGAUGUUGAGGGCACCUGCAGCGGCCGACAUGGGUUUGUAGUUGCAAUCACAGGAAUUGAGAAUAUUGGGAAAGGAUUGAUUCGCGAUGGGACUGGCUUUGUCACUUUUCCCGUGAAAUACCAAUGUGUGGUGUUUCGACCAUUCAAGGGAGAAAUUUUAGAAGCGGUUGUUACUAUGGUAAACAAGAUGGGCUUCUUUGCUGAAGCUGGACCUGUUCAGAUUUUUGUUUCAAACCAUUUGAUACCAGAUGAUAUGGAGUUUCAGUCUGGAGAUGUGCCAAACUAUACCACAUCAGAUGGAUCGGUUAAGAUUCAGAAGGACAGUGAAGUUCGAUUAAAGAUAAUUGGCACACGAGUAGAUGCAACUGAAAUUUUUUGUAUUGGAACCAUAAAAGAUGACUUCUUGGGUGUGAUCAAUGACCCUUCAGCGGCUUAGGUCUUCAUCUUUGAUGCAAGUUUGUAGAUUGUUAUGUAUUAACCUUGAGAUUGAAAAAAGAAAAAUCUAAUUUUGCUGUAUAGGCUCUGCGUUUUUUCAACUAUUUAUCCAUUUAUUUCUAGGGAUCCUUUUACCUCAAUACUUGUGUGGUGGUAUUUGAAAUGAGAAGUAUAUUCCUAGGGUUAAAUUAUAAAUUUGAACUCUAUAGUUUGGGGGAAGGCUAGAAUGUACUCUAUGUAGUUUUGAAAGUUUAAACCUUCAUGGUUUGACAUAAACUCUAUAAAUAGCUAUUGUUGUUGGAUAUAACUUUCAUGAAUAAUCUCUACAAA